UUCUUCGAAAUUCGUGCGGUGCGGUUGUGCGCGUCGGAUAAAAGUGCGAAAUGAGCGUUUUACCAAUUGCUUAAAACACUAAACACGCGCAGCGCUUUAGACGAUACGAAAGGCGUUAAAAACAAAAGUUAACAGCAAAAAACACGGUCAACGAAAUUUCGGCCAUACGGGCAAAGCUUUGUAUAAGUGUUUUAUUGUUAAACAGCUGCAAUUAAAAUUCAACUGAGUGAAACAAUUCGUUUCGCAAAAAGCAAAUAGGAGAGAAAAACAGUUGGAUGCUGUGUUAAAAGCAACAAAUACGACGUCAAAAGUCUCAUGUGUGCUGCGCCCUAAAAUUGUACAAGUGUGCGUGAGCUUGUAUGGGUGUGCGGUCCAGUUUUGUGUAUAACAAAAAAAUUCUGCGCUGUGCGUCCUUUGAAGGUGCCGCAAAGGUUGUACAUGUAUUGUGUGAAAGCUUAGCUGCAGCAACGCAGGAUAACGCAUUAGUCAUCAGCACAGCCGCUGGCAGCGCAGCUAGCGCAUCCUGUCUGUUGGCGCCGGUUCGCACACAAACAAAACACAAGCAAUAAGAAACAACAACAAAAGCUUCAGCACUAACAACAACAACUUGUUCUCCAUGCAUCGUUUAACCCCUGCAUGCGUAUAACAACAACAACGACAAAAACAGUGACAAGAAGAACGCAGGCAAAAGGAAAUUGAGAAUGGAGCGUAAAUUCACGCGUGGCUUGAAUAAGCCGGGCAUGGCCGCACAGCUGAGAGAGAGCGUCUCUCAGGUGGUGCGUGAGAGCGCCGUUUUGAUACACUGCCCUGGAAGCUAUCAGCGCAGUCUCUCCAUUUUGAACAAGCCACUCGUCGUGGAGCCGAUCGACUUUGAAGCCUUUAUAGCCAAAAAUAAAACACUCAUACAAAACGAUCCGCAGCGCGAGCUGCUUAUCUAUCCAGCAGACGAUGUCUCGGAGAUUGUUAUGCCGCGCAAGCAGCGCACCAAUGCCAAAUCUGUGGCAGAUCGGUUUGAGCCACCAAAUGAAGCCAUUGUUUCGCCGCUGCAUGGGCCCAUGGUUCUGGGCAGCAAUGGUCACUGUCAGGUGAGCCGGCAAGGCAGCUUGCAGUCAAAUGGCAGCCUUCACAACGGCCACAGCAGCACCAGCAGUCUGUCCAACGGCAAUGGACAAUUGUCACGUAAGAGUUCACAAUGCUCGAAUGGCUCGGUGGUGAGUCGUAAGACUUCGCAGGAGUCAUCCUAUGAAUCGGCACUGUCCUCGAACACAUUGCGUUCCCAUUUGGCGCAGCCCGAGGAGGUCGAUGAGUAUGCGGACGAGGAGCCAGCUGCUAGCGACGAUGUGUCAGAUUCAACUGCUCUGGGCUCGCGUGCCGAGUGCACGCGUUUCACACGCCAAGCGUUGUACACGUAUCGCGCCAAGAAUCAUCUCAUCCACUAUAAGUACAGCGCAUAUGGCGGCAACUGUCACGAUCUGCCCAGCACGUCGCCUGCCGAGGAGCUGCUGGAGGAGCUAUACGAAAUCGAUGCUGAUCAGGAUCGCAUCGAUGAGCAAAUGACUCGGUCCCAGGCGGACACCAUCACCAAACAGGGUUAUCUAUUGAAGGGGCCAGAUUCGGCCGCGGAUCGCAUGUUCGCCAACAUUGGCAAUAAGUCUUUCAAGCGUCGCUAUUGCUAUCUGCGUCAGGAGAUCGAUGGCACCUACAUGCUCGAACUGUACAAGGAUGAGAAGCAGGGCGACGCCAAGGCCACCAUUGUUAUGGACUUUUGCACGGAAGUGGUACAGAAUCCGAAACGCGGUCGAUUUUGCUUUGAGCUGCGUAUGACAGCUGGUCACAAAUCGUUCACUUUGGCCGCCGAGAACGAGCAGGACUUUAAGGAUUGGCUAUCCAAGCUAUCCUCAGUGCUGGCACAGAAUAAGGCGCAGGAGGAAAAGCGCAACGCAUCAUUGGAACGCCAGCCGGCAGCGAAUGCAACGCCCACGCCGCAGCUACAGCCACCGGCCAUGGAACCACCCACGUUUGGCACUCUCAAGGGUCUGGACCAGUCCCUACAUCCGCAGCUAAUGAAGUAUGGGCGCGAGACGGAUCACUCCAUAGCGCAGGCGCGUCGCGAGCAACGUCGCCGUCUCUUCGCCUGCUACCAGAGCAAUGCCAAAGCCGUGACCAACGAUAAUGUGGAGCAGUAUCGCGAUCACUUCGGCACACGCGUCCUGCUCAGCUGUCAAUGCCUGCGCUUCCGACUGCAGUGCCAAUCAGCGGACUUGUCGGAUGGCGCAGGUGGCGAACAGCUGUGCCAGGUGGAGCCCUACAUAACCAGCUUGGCGCUAUACGACGCCAAAGCCGGACGCAAACUCAGCGAGAACUUCUACUUCAACAUAAAUGAGCCAAAUGCUGCCCAGUGGCUGCCCAAUACUCCUGUGCCCGCCUCCGUGGCGGGCUGUGGCGUCCCCAGACGUGCGGAGAACGACGAGCGUAAUGCGGCUCAGGCUCCGCAUUCGCUAUUCGACGGUGUUUCUUCGGAGCUGCUGCGCUGUCCUCGCCAGCAGUUCCAGCAGCUACGCCAGUGUAUGCUGUCGGUCAGUGCUCCGCAUGCGGAUAUCUAUCUGGUGCUGCGUAUUGAGAAGGUGCUGCAGUGCAGCAUUGCCCAAGCAGCUGAGCCAUAUCUGAAGGCAGCACGUGAUCCCAAGCUGGGACAAAAGGUGCACAAAACGGCCAAGAACUGUGCCCAGCACAUUGGACACUAUCGCCAGCCAUUUGCCUGGGCCGCUCGCCCUCUCUUCAAGGCCUACAGCCAUGAGCUGGACGUGGACUCGCAUUGCAUAUGCGAAUUCAACACCAUCUAUCGCCAGGAGCUGCCCAAGCUUCGCGAUGAGGAGCUGCUCAAGCUGCUGGCCGACUACCGCAAGCCCGAAAAACUCAGCAAGCUGAACAUCAUACCUGGUUUUAUGCGUCUGCAGGUGCAGCUGCUAGAUCAAGCAGCACCCUGCGGCUUGACCAAGUCUUUGGCGCCUUUACCCACUUUCAGUGCCUCCGCCAAGCAUCCGCUCACUCUGGAACUCUCAGAGUUUCAGAGCCAAACCGAGCGUGAUGCGUAUCCCUAUACCAGUUUCUGUAAUCAUCUCUAUGUGUAUCCCCUGAGCCUUCAAUUCGAUAGUCAAAAAUUGUUUUCACGCGCUCGCAAUAUUACAGUCGUCGUCGAGCUGAGAGAUGGCGAUGGCGAGUACAGUAAACCGUUAAAGUGCAUCUAUGGCCGACCUGGUCAUGAUUUGUUGGUUUCCCAGAUCGCCUGCCCGGUGCUGCAUCACAAUGUCACGCCCACUUGGUACGAGGAGAUCAAGCUGCGCCUGCCACUGGGUCUAUUUCCGGAGCAUCAUUUACUCUUCUCCUUCUAUCACGUAUCCUGUAAUCUUAGCAAGAAACGCGAUGCACACGCGUCCUUUGAGACGCCUAUCGGAUAUGCCUGGUUGCCGUUGCUGCAGAAGAAUCGCAUCUGUUUGGAGGAACAGCUCUUGCCCGUGGCUGCUACGCUGCCCGUGGGUUAUCUAUCGAUACAGCCGUUGGGCUGGGGUAAGGGGCAGAACUGCGGUCCGGACAUUCAGUGGAUCGACAAUCAGCGUGCUCUAUACAGCGUUGGCCUGCGAUUGGACUCUACAGUGCUGACAUCGGAUCAACAUUUGCACAACUUCUUCGGUCACUGCGAACGGCUGCUGGAGGGCGGCAAGACUGGAGCCUUGCCCGCAGAGACUGAGACCUGCAAGAUCCUCAAGGCGGCGCACGCAAUCGAUAUGCGUUCCCUGAUCAACUUUCUGCCCACGCUCCUCAACGAGCUGUUCACGCUGCUGGUGCACACACAGUCGGAGGAGAUCGGGCUAAAUGUGAUACGUUUGCUGACGAACAUCAUACACCAGAUCAGCGAUGAGGCGAAACGCACAGAGCUGCUGGCUUCCUACGUGAAGUACGUGUUCCAUGGCCCUUACUACAGUCAGCAGACAGCUCGACUGCGCACCGUUCACGGAGAGCUGUGCCGGCAUCUGCCGUACCUGCUCAAUCCGAACAACACGGACUUUCUCAUCGUGAACAAGUUCAUGCGCUACUCCUCGAUCUUCUUCGAUUUGAUUGUGAAGAGCAUGGCUCAGCAUCUGCUGGCCACUGGACGCAUUCGCAUGUUGCGCAACGAACGAUUUCCCAAGGAGUACUCGGAUCGGGUGGAGCAGUUGGUUAAGGCGCUGAUACCCUAUAUAACAACCCGUUACGAUGAUCUCGGCGAGGAGACGCAGCUGCUGAACCGUUCGCUGGCGCGUUUUGUGCGGCAAUGUCUCAGCUACAUGGACCGUGGAUUUGUGUUCAAGCUGAUACGCUUUUACAUGGAGCAGUUUGCGCCUGGCAAUCCGCGCGUGCUCCACGAGUACAAGUUCAACUUUCUGCAGGAGAUUUGCCAGCAUGAGCACUAUGUGCCGCUCAAUCUGCCGUUCGUGCUGAAUCCCAAGAAUCGGCCGCCAGAAUUGUUGCAGCAUUUCACGCUCUCUGAACAGUUUUGUCGCCAGCAUUUUCUCUCCGGUCUGCUGCUGCAGGAGCUGAAGAGCAGCCUCAACGAGGUGGGUCAUGUGCGUCGCCAUGCGCUGUCGGUCUUCAGGGAUCUGCUAGCCAAGCACGAGCUGGAUGCACGCUAUCAACAGCGCGGCCAGCUGUGCCGCAUAGCACUCUUGUAUGUGCCCUGGCUGGGCAUUGUCAUGGACAACUUGCAGCGCAUCGAUGACUUGUCCGACUCAGGUGCCAACACGCCCAACGGGCAUGUGUAUGCGGACUCGGCGUCCUAUACGAAGCGACUCAGUUGCUCCAGCAGCUAUGUUUUUAGCAAGGACUCCUCGACCUUUGGCUCGCUUACCUCCACGCCUCGUUCCAAGAACCGUCUCACACCUCACGCUGAUCAUGCGAGCCCCUGUCGCACCUCCAUGCACAUCAAGGAUCACAACUAUUUGGCCGCAAUCGCGGGCACAGCGAUUGGCAAUGGCAUCUCCAAUUUGUCGCUCAACUCGAAUUCUGAUUCAGGCCACUCACAGGACACCACAACAAUUGGCGCUUACACCAAUGGCGAAACGGAUGUUGCCCUGCGCAACGGUCACAAUCGAUCCGUAAGCGUGACCCAUGCACAGAUCCUGGCGCGCUUCGACAAGUUUAGUGCAGCGGAGAGCAAGGAUUUGCUGCUUGGCUUUCUGUUCAUUGUGAAGCAUCUGUCGCAGGAUCAAAUGGUUGCCUGGUGGCAGAGCUGCAACGAGACAGAGACACUGCAGUUCCUCUCAAUCUUAGACUUGUGCCUGCUGCAGUUUCGCUACGUGGGCAAGAAGAAUGUUGUGAUGGGCAGUGAAGCUCGAGUGCAAAGGCCCGCUAAAGCAAACACGCUGCCCGCACGCAGCACGCCGCCAGUGCUGGAGAAUGGCAACGCAGAGCCAACCACUGGCACUGGCACUGGCACUCUCACCCAGACGCGUGAGCAUCUGCUAGAGGAUAUGGACUUGUGUGCCAGAUCACAGCAGGCGCUAUAUGAAUCAAAUCUGGCCACGGAAGUGGGCAUGAUCAUACUGGACUGCCUCGGUCUCUAUGUGCUGCAAUACCGCCAGCUGCUGGCGGAUAGCCUGGUGCUGCCCAAGCUGGCGCGCGUCUAUUUGCGCUUCUUGCAGCUGGGCCAGUCUGAGCGUUUGUCCAAGCAUCUAUUUGCUGCCCUGCGUGCCUUCAUCAACAACUAUUCGAUGGCCCUAUUCAAGGGCAAUGCCAUGCUCUGUGGCCAAAUGGUCUAUGAGCUGCUGAAGGCCUGCGACAGCCGGCUGGUGGACAUACGCCACGAAUCCUGCGCUGUUCUGUAUCUGCUGAUGCGCAGCAACUUCGAGUUCAGUGGUCGCAAGGCGCUCACUCGCGUUCAUCUCCAAGUCAUCAUCUCUGUGUCGCAGAUGAUUGGUAAUGUGAUUGGCCUGAACAAUGCGCGCUUCCAGGAGAGCUUGUCUAAUAUCAACAGUUAUGCCAACAGUGAUAAGGCCAUGAAGGGCACAGGUUUUCCCCUAGAGGUCAAGGAUCUGACGCGGCGUGUACGCACAGUGCUUAUGGCCACGGCGCAAAUGCAGGCGCACCACAUGGAUCCCGAACGCCUGCUCGAACUGCAAUAUUCGCUGGCCAACUCGUAUGCCUCCACACCGGAGCUGCGGCACACCUGGCUGGUGACCAUGGCCCGUAAUCACGAGCAGAAUGGCAACUUCUCGGAGGCCGCCUGCUGUCACUUGCACAUUGCGGCGCUUAUGUGCGAAUACCUGCGCCUGCGCGGAGGCUGCACUCUCAACUGGUCCUCGACAGCCUUUGGCAAGAUAUCGCGCAACAUUCCGCUGGAUGAGCAGGGCCUGAAGCUAGAUGCUGGCGCCCAAGAUUCGCAGUACACAGAGCAAAUGCUGCUGGAGCAGCUGAAGCAAUGCGCCGACUUCCUAGAUCGAGCCGAGCGCUUUGAGUGCCUCGGCGAGCUUUACAAGCUCAUCCUGCCCAUCUACGAGCGUGCACGCAACUUUAUAGAGCUGGCCCAGAGCUAUGAGCAUCUCACACAGGCCUACAAUAAAAUAGUCGAGGUGAAUCGGUCCGGAAAGCGCAUGUUGGGCCGCUUCUAUCGAGUGGUCUUCUAUGGCAUGAUGUACUUCGAGGAAGAUCACGCAAUUGAGUUCGUGUACAAGGAGCCAAAGCUGACUUCGCUUAGCGAAAUUUCUGAACGCCUGGCCAAACAGUAUAAGGAAAAGUUUGGGGCCGACGUAGUCAAACUCAUAAUGGAUUCAUCGCCGGUAAAAGUUGACGAAUUGGAUGCCAAGCUAGCCUACAUACAGGUCACCCAUGUUAUACCGUUUUUCACCAAAGACGAGCUCGAUCAGCGCCUGAACGAGUUCGAACAGAAUCACGAUGUGGAUACAUUCAUGUAUGAAACACCCUUCACCAAGUCUGGUGCAGCACGCGGCAGCGUGGAGGAGCAAUGGAAACGCAAGACGGUCAUUAAGACCCGAUAUUCGUUUCCGUAUGUGCUCAAACGCAUACCUGUCAAAUCACGUGAGAUCAUCGAGCUGAGCCCCAUAGAGGUGGCCAUUGAUGAGAUGCAAUCAAAGGUUUCAGAGCUGGAGGAGAUCAUUUUGCCCCCGGCCGAUGUCAAGAAGCUGCAGUUGCGUCUGCAAGGCAGCGUAGCAGUUACUGUAAAUGCGGGCCCCCUAGCCUAUGCGCACGCCUUUCUGGAUGCCAAGGUGAUCAAAAACUUUUCGCUGGAUCGCGUUGAGGAUCUGAAGGAUGUAUUCCGGGACUUCAUUGGCGUCUGCCACAAAGCACUCUGCGUGAACGAACGGAUGAUCAGUGCCGAUCAGAAGGAGUACCAUCAUGUGCUCAAGGAGAACUAUGAGAAGCUGUGUCAAGCCCUCAGUGAGUUACUCCAAGACGAGUCAUUCCAGCCGCUUAGCGAUGAUGCCGACGCAGCAGCCCAGCGCAAUAGCAUGGCUUUAUUCAAUGCGAUCAGUGGGGCCUCACAUAACUCAAGUUUUGGUUUUGCCGUUUAUUAAAGCCCAUGCAAACCAGCAAAUACCAUAUAUAUACCCCACACAAACAUCAUAUAUACAGCAUAAAGAUCUACAUAUACUACAUACGCAUAUAUUUAUAUAAAAACGAAAUAUAUAUAUAUCAACACGCACACAUCUACACACAGACAAACGAAAUUGUAACUAAUUUUUCGGCCAGUUGACCAAACACUUGUUAAGUUCAUAAAUGCGAUUAGCAUACCGAGAGUCGACCUUUAAUUGUUAUUAAAUUUUAAGUAAAUGCAUAUUUGUACAUACAUCUAAGAAUGUCUUAACCAUUGUAAAUUUUUUUCUAUUCAAUUUUUGGUUUUUUUUUUUAUAAUUUUUAUUCAUAGCUUAUUUUUACAAUUUCCAGUGAGAAGCAUGACUAGAGAAAGAAAACCCUUGAUAUACAUUUAAAUACCCAAACGUACUUCCUGUUUAUUAAGCUCCCUCAGAUCCUUUAUUAGAUUAAAUCUGCCGUGUCUUCGAUUAAAAAUUGUUUGAUAAUGAAAUUAUAGUAAACACAACUAACUAUACCUAAUAAGAG